CUUUUCUAGUUCUAGCUAACUUCCCAGGCCCGACAUCUUCGCCGCCGCUCGGUGCCCACCCAGUUGCCGAGGUUGCAACGCUGCAGCCGGCGAGGAUCGGAUGAACCAACCCCUCCUAUAAAUCCUAACUACACUGGAGGUGUGGUCGUGUGGGAUGAUCGAGUGUUAAACACUCCGUUAAGGUCUGAUCCGCGUCGAUCUUGAUUUCAGGGUGCGAUCUAUGGUCAAAUGAUGGAUGCGUGUUGUUUGUCCCUUUUUCCUGCCAUCCUUUGUGUCGCUAAGGCGUAGUUUAUUCUGAUGCUAAUUCGCUAGGGAGACUAUAUGAUCGGUCUGUCUUCUGCAGACAGCAACUUAGAUGAAACGCAGCUAUGAAUGUGAUCAUCUAACUAUUGGUUGCUGCUGCUGUUCUCCUUCCAGUUUGUGUAGAAUCUGCACAUGCUGCUCAAUCUUUUUGUCGAAAGUGUGACGGACUGUCAUUUGUUUCUCUUAUCAGACCGAGUCCUCUGCUCCCAUUCAUCUGUAGAGUGCAACAGCACUGCCAGAAUCAUGCAGUGCCCCAUGGACACUGCUGCUAGUGGAACCUCACCAGUGCUGCAGUUCCAUAGCAAUGCUGAUGAGUCGACCUCCCAUUCAUCUCCAUUGCCAACAUUAAUAGAACGUUCACAGCGCCAUUGCUGUGGGGAUGGAAUCCCAGGUGAAUUUCCCCUUGCUGUGAGCCCCUCCAUUGUCCUCCAUGUGCUCUCAGCUUGUGAUCUAGACCCGAAAGAUCUCGCCAAUCUGGAGGCUACAUGCACAUUUUUCAGUAAACCUGCAAAUUUUGCACCAAACUUUGCAUUGUCACUUCCAGAGCUUGCGGCAUUUGAUAUGUGCCAGAAAAGGACCAUGUUUAAGCUGAUGAAGCAAGAAGAUCAGGAGUGUCUGAAACAGCGGUGUGGAGGAUCUUGGAAGCAUGUUCUUAAGUAUAUUUUGGUUAGGGAGAAGAAUGGUUCUCGGGUGAUUGCCGGGCCAGGCCAUAGUAUAGUUAUCAGCUCAAAUGGAGAUGUAUAUUCAUUUGGGGCAAACUGCUCCGGACAGCUUGGCCUUGGGGAUUCAGAAGACCGGUUCAGGCCAUGUAUUAUUAGGUCUCUACAAGGCAUCAGAAUCACACAAGCUGCAGUUGGGUCUAGAUGGACAAUGCUUGUGAGUGACACAGGAAGCGUCUAUGCAUUUGGGAAGGAUAAUUUCAGGGGUGCAGAAGUAGUUGAUGAUGCUCAUAUUCAGAUUACAACUCCUAAGAUCGUGGAGUCAUUGAAGGGUGUUUUUGUAGUUCAAGCAGCCAUAGGGGGUUACUUCUCUGCAGUUCUGUCUAGAGAGGGUCGAGUUUACACUUUCUCAUGGGGCAAAGAGGAGAGGCUUGGCCACAGUUCGGAUCCUUCAGAUGUUGAACCUCGUCUUCUCUCUGGACUUGAGGAUGUUCCUGUUGCAUAUAUCUCUGCAGGAAAUUGCUACCUUCUUAUGUUGGCCUACCAGCCAAAUGGAAUGUCUGUGUAUUCUGUGGGUUGUGGCUUAGGAGGCAAGCUUGGGCAUGGAUGCAAAACUAACAAGGGGAUGCCCAAGUUGAUUGAACAGUUUCAGUCCUUGAGCUUUAAACCAGUUUCAAUAGCAGCUGGCACUUGGCAUGCCGCAGCCCUUGGUGCUGACGGGCGUGUGUGCACCUGGGGUUGGGGUCACACUGGUUGUCUGGGGCAUGGUGAUGAGGAAUACAAGGCUGUUCCCACAUUGGUUGAAGGAUUACGCGACGUGAAGGCCGUUCAUCUCUCCACUGGUGAAUACACAACAUUUGUCGUCGCUGAGAAUGGGGAUGUAUACUCCUUUGGAUCCGGUGAAUCCUUAGUUUUCCAGGAGGACGAUGAAGCAGAGGAGGGUCCGGAUUUCUCGACACCGAGCAUAGUCAGCUCGCUCAAGGCUCUGAACAAGAAGGUCGUGCAGAUCAGCCCCACAAACGCCUCGUACUGGCUGAACUCGGAAAUGGGUCACCCGCACACAUUUGCGGUGAUGGACUCCGGUGACUUGUGUGCCUUUGGAGGAGGGAUCAGAGGCCAGCUCGGCGUGAAGCUCCUUGAGGGCGUAGAAAAAGUGAGCGUGCCGAUGCAUGUUCCGAUUGUUCUCAACUGAUCCCAUCCCACCAGCAUUUGCCUGAACAUUCGCGAUGGCACUCUGGUCUCGGAAACAACCAGUUUGUGCCUUCGCACCAGUGUGGUAAGCUUAGACAUGGUAGGAUGUAAAUAUUAGGGAGAAUUUGUUUUCUCUGAACUUUUCGAAUGUGAUAUGAAUCGUCUGGAUAAAGUUUACCUAAUUAAUCUGUGACCAACUCUGUUUACCCAACUUGGUGACCAUCACUAAAAUCAGUGAUUAUUUCUGGAUA